GCUCAGCCGCGCCCCGCCGCUGCCACCGCCGCCGCCGCCGGGCCCUGCGGAGUGCCUGCUGCAGCCAGCAUGCUCCCCCCGCAGCCGCCCCGCUCCUGCGACACCUUCGUGGCGCUGCCGCCUGCCGCGGCGGGGGGCCGCGUCAUCUUCGGGAAGAACUCGGAUCGGCCGGCGGAUGAGGUGCAGGAGGUCGUCUACUUCCCGGCCGCCGCGUACCCGCCCGGUGCGGCGCUGGAGUGCACCUACAUCACCAUCGAGCAGGUGGAACGGACGCACGCCGUGGUCCUGAGCCGCCCCUCCUGGCUCUGGGGGGCAGAGAUGGGCGCCAACGAGCACGGCGUCUGCAUCGGGAACGAAGCCGUGUGGGGGAGAGAGGAGAUCUGCGACGAUGAAGCUCUCCUCGGCAUGGACCUCGUAAGGCUUGGAUUGGAGAGAGCAGACACCGCUGAAAAGGCUCUUGCUGUUAUAGUUGAUUUGCUGGAAAAGUAUGGACAGGGAGGAAACUGCAUGGAGAGCCACAUGGCAUUUACAUACCACAACAGUUUUUUGAUAGCUGACAGAAAGGAAGCCUGGGUGCUGGAGACAUCAGGAAAACACUGGGCAGCAGAAAAAGUAGAAGGAGGUGUACGGAAUAUUUCCAACCAGCUCUCUAUCACAACCAGGAUUGACAGAGGACACCCAGAACUGAAGGAAUAUGCCAAAAGCAAGGGCUGGUGGGAUGGAGAAAAGGAAUUUGAUUUUGCUGCCACGUAUUCUUACGUAAAUACUGCCAGGAUGACCACGUCCAGAGGCCGAUACUGUGAAGGCUAUAAACUUCUGAACAAACACAAAGGUUCUAUCACUUCUGAAAUAAUGAUGGAGAUCCUCCGUGACAAAGAGAGUGGCAUUAAUAUGGAAGGUGGAUUUAUGACAACUGGAAGCAUGGUGUCUAUACUGCCACAGCAGCCUAAUCUGCCAUGCAUUCACUUCUUUACUGGAACUCCAGAUCCUGCGAGGUCUGUAUUCAAGCCUUUCAUUUUUGUGCCCAGUAUUACUCAGUUAUUAAAAACUAGCUCACCUACAUUUGGUCCUGAUGAUCCUGUUAAGAAGCAGCCACGUUUUCAGAACAAGCCAGAUCGAAGACAUGAGCUCUAUAAAAAACACGAAAGUGCUGCUGUAGUUAUGGAAACUACCCAGGACCAAGGUAAAAAGAUGCUGAAAGAGAUACAGAAAUUGGAGAAACAGAAGAUCACUGAAAUGGAAUCAGUCCUGCAAAAUGGAUGUCUGGACACUAACCAAGUGGUUAACCUUUUUUCACAGUGUGUAGAAGAAGAACUCAAAAUAUAUAGCUAAACUUGCUGUUUGAAUACAGUAAAGUUCAGUUUGAUGAUUACUUUUUCUCCUGAAGUGGCUAUGUAGAUUACAUCUUAUUUUCAGUGUACCACUUAGUACAGACAGUUUCAAGAGAUGCAGAUUCAUAUUCAGGCCAAACAGCUCUUCAUUGUAAGAGGCAACACUGAAAAGGCUCUUAAGAGCCAGGCAGUGGCUUUGUCCGUAUGUGACAAAGCUGUCAGCAGAGAUCGAUUUUGUCAACAGCAGAUGCAGUUAGAAUGUAACAGCUUGAUUAAAUUGUGGAACAGCCUCGUCUUUGAAUGAAGGACACUGAGGGUUGGAGAACUUGUUUGUAGUGUACACAUGUAGCUUUUAUAGUCAAUCAUAGCAGAAUUUCACAUGGACUGAAUCUUAAUGGUGACACUGAAGGACUUUGUGAAACAUAGAACCUAUUACUUGCACUGAAUUAAAAGGAAGAGAUAUGCAAGUCAAACGAGACUGAUAUUCAGCAGUUUGACAAAACCACUCUAAGAUGGGUUUCAUAUAUGAACCUCCUGCUCCCUCAGUGCAAAAUAAUGCUAACCACAGAAUGUCAGGUUGGAAGGGACACCAAGGAUCAUCUGGUCCAACCUUUCUAGGUGAUAGUAUAGUUUAAAUGAGAUUGCCCAGCACUCUUACCAAGUUGAGUCUUAAAACUCUCUAAUGUAGGGGAAUCUACUACUUCUUUUGGGAGAUUGCUCCAAUGUCUGACUCAUCUCAUGGAGAAAAAUUUUCUUCUGGUGUCCAAUAGAAAUCUCCCUAGGAGUAACUUUUAAGAAGGGAGUCUCCAUCCUGUUGGUACAUGGGAAUAAAGUCUCCCCUAAGCCUUCUCAAGGCUGAGCAAACCCAUUUUUCUCAUCCUUUCCUCAUGUGGCAAGUUGUCCAAUCCUCUGAUCAUUCUUGUGGCAUUUCUCUGAAGUCAAAGGUAUCCUUUAAAAUAUCAGUUACAAUUUUAGUAUGAUUUUUUUGUGGAAAUUGAUUACAGUACAGAAUUGAACAGUGCAAACAUUCUACAAGUUACCACACAAUUUGCACUUCCCUGUUUUCCCCACCCUGAUAUUGAAACAAAUUAACUUAUUAACAUGAUGUGAUUGUGAAAUAAAUUCUGCAAUACACUUUA